AUGGUCAACAACGAGAAGCUGUUGAGAUUUACAGUAAGCCAACAUGUUUUUCGUUGACUAAUAUAGAAAUUACCUAGUAUGUAACUAUGUAAACAGUCAUCUGCAUUAAUUGUUACAUUACACAGUAUUCACAUAGUUUUCUUCUUAAGACCUGAUCCAUUUUUGUAGAGAUUUACUGUGGAAAUCUAAAAGCUAUGAACACUUUGAUUUGAUUUUUACAUUUCCCAUUGUACAGCAACCAAUCAGAAGUAACAUAAAACCUCAAACUACUUAUAUUACCAUUACUGUUUGUGGUUUAAUUUAUUAUUCUUGUGCUUGAAAUUUAACCACAUUGACCUCUUAGUGUUCACAAUUUUGGAUUUUCAUAGUAAUACUUCUAGUGUUAAAAAAAAAAUUUGAGAACAUUUUUCAUUAUAUGCAAGUACAAAAUACAACUAUAUAUCCUGCAGGUUGGGGAGGAGAAAUUAAGGUAAAUAGUAAGUUCAAGUGAUACAGUGAGAGUAGCUGACAAUUCUAUCAUGUAUAUGAAGAAGAGGUAACUAUUAUCUACUGCAAAGGAAUCUACUGAAGGAGCAGACUGUUCUUAAGGCAUUGCAUUACCACCAAUUCUUGCUGGGUAAUCAGUAGGAAAUCUUUUAAAGAUUUACUUCCAAUAUUUUUUUGUAGCUUAUUGUUCCUAUUCCUUCAAUUUAGGGAAAUUUUGAGGCCUCAUAUGAUUUCCAAGUGUUCCUGAAGAGGUUGAAAGAGUGGGAAUCUGCUAGGCAUGAGGCAGCAGAAGAUAACCCAGGUGCUACCCUGGGGGUUGAAGAAUUUACUGUCAGUAAUGAGGGUCUGCACAACAAGGGCAGUGCUGUUUUCCCUUGUAACCUUCAAGAGGUGACCCAAAGCAUGGAAAUCUUCAAAUUGAACUUUGAGGGCAUCUCCCUUGCCCUAGGAGUUGUUGGAUUUGAUGAUAAGGUACAUGACAUGCCUUCCUGUGUGUUUGUAAUAAGCAUUAAUUCCUACACAUCUUCAUCUUAUUUUGAUGGAUGUUAACUGGCUUGUAAAAUGACAGUGUGACAAAUUCUUCCUUUUUUUUUUCACAAACUACUACUGUGACCAUAAGGAACUUUAAAAGGAGAAUCUUCAGCUGAACAGAAGUUAGAUGAAGCUUUUUCUCAUUCCACUUUGUCAUUAAAUGUAUUAAACACCACUUUCAGUUCUGAAGAAUUGUGAUAACCAACCACCAAAAUUCAUUACUUGCUCCCCUCAAAAAAGUUGUUCUGUGUAGAACCCAAGUGCUGUUAAUACUCCGUUACUUACAGAUAUUUACAUGUAUGUUAAAUGUGUUUCCUAUUGUACAUUGUCUGUUGAAAGUCACCCACAAAGUCCAAUUAAUCAAAGGUUUCUGUUGAUAAUAAUAAUUAUUGUCUUAUUGCUGUUUUCAAUAUAUUUUAGGGACAGCUGGAAGUGGAAGAAAAAUGUAGUGAAAUAGUUAAGCUGCUUUCAGACUAA